AUGCUGGAUCCCGGGAAGCCGGCCUUCACCCCCAAGAAGGGCAAGCCCAGCGUCGUCAUGUUCGUCGGAUUGCAGGAGGAGGAGAAGACCAUGCAAGUCCUUGGGGUUGGGUGCGGCAACUCGCGGCUCGAAGACAAUCUUUUGUGGUGGGGCGUCGCCGCCGCUGGCGGCACCUGCAUAGACCGUCUCACUGGGAACGAAGAGAUGCUCCGCUGA